ACAGCCUCUGAAUUUGCUUAGGUUUGCUCAGUCACUCCACAUAUCCGACACGCAGACUAACCAGUCUCGUCUCCACACGCUCAGACCGUAACCAGCUGUAGUAACUCUUUAUUUCGUAGCAGUCUUUGGCUGCAUAGCAGUAGCUGCACUAGCAGGAAGCCAUGGCCCACAAAGCAGUAGCACCUCUUCUCGUUCUCUGCCUGCUUGCAAGUGCCACCGUCUCGCAUGGUGCUCGGCCAAUCGCCUCGACAGAAAACAGCGCUGAAACAUUCCCGUCCGCGUCACUCCCUUCCUCGGAGGAGGGAAAAGAGUGGAGCCGAGAGAAUGAAGAGACUACCAGCGACGACAGUGUCGUUUCCGUCUCCCUGCCUGGCUCUGAUAACGUCAUCGCUGCUGUCACGAAUCCGCACCGCCACGUGGCUGCUAAGACCACGAGCAGCUUCAGCGUGUCGCUGCCCGGCUCUGACAACGAGAUCGUCGCAUUCGGGGUUCCUACGACGGCGGCGAACAGCGUCGUCGUCGUCGAUGCGAGCGACGCAGUGGCGGUGGAGGGGGGGGUGACAAAGGAAGAGAACGACUCCACCGUCCACGUGUCGCUUCCUGGUUCGGACAACGAGAUUUGGGCCGCCCACGUGCCCCACAGGACGAGCGACGUCGUCGUUGCGACCGACGCCGAGGCGGUGAUGGAGGAAGAGGGGGCGACGGAGGAGGGGGAGGCGACGCCAUCCGGAAAAUCCCACCCCUGGAAAUUCUUCCCCGCGGCGACAGCGACUGCUGCUGCCGCUUCUGCGCAUCCUGCUUCUGACGACACCGACUCCACCUUCCACGUGUCGCUUCCUGGUUCGGACAACGAGAUCUGGGCCGCCCACGUGCCCCACAGGGAGAGCAACGUCGUGCUUGUCACUGACGAGUCGGACCGCGAUGCAACCACCACCGCCAUUUCCACCUCUGCCACCAACGCCGCCACUACAUCGCACGAUGACAACACUGCGUCCGUGUCUCUUCCUGGGUCUGACAACAUAAUUGAGGCGUUCCACAUUCGCGGUAACAAGAAAAAGACAACGUCUUUCCAGGUGUCGCUUCCCGGGUCCGACAAUGUUAUGACCGCGUACGGCGUGCCCGAGAGGAAGGGGAUGAUCGUUGUCGCUACGGAGGAUGCGGAAGUUGCGGGGACGACAGUCGCAGAGAGGACGACUGUUGGCAACAUUGCAGAAGCGAAUACGAAUGCAGACGACGUUUUCACGGUGUCGCUUCCUGGGUCCGACAACGUGAUUGCUGCACUACACCUACCCGAGAAGCGCAAAUUCGUUGUCGCGGAAGCGUAGCUUUGCUCAAUCACAAGCGCAAAUAAUGGGGAGAAAGCCCCCAUCAAAUAAUUAUAUCGAUAUAAGAAUGGACUACAUUUCCUCCUAGGAAAAUAAAUUAAUAUCUUCACUCUAG